GUGUAUACACUCUGUGCUUUCUCUCUCCUUGCCACUCGCCCUUCAUUUUAAUGGCAUGAGCGUGAACAGUAACAGACCGUACAUCUUCUCCCCAAAUAACCGUCGAAAUCAAGACCCCUCUCUAUCUCUUUCUUCUUCAUCUUCAACUUCUUCUUCUCAGUUCUCACAAAUUCCAAUCAAACACAAUGGCAUUCGAAUGCAACGCAAGUUCUCAACUAUUAUGUUGAACAGGGGCCACGCUGUGAACUCUCUUUCUGAUAUGUGCUUUUGUGUUUUUUGUGCGUGUCUGAAUCGAUGUUGAUGUGGGUUUUGGAAUUUUGAAAUUGGGUUUAGUUUGCUCUUUUGUUGUAUUUUUUCUGUCAUAAAUAUAUAUAUAUUUUUCGGUUUUUGCUACCAUGUCUAAACGAGCUGGGAAAGAAAAGGGGAGUGAGGAGAACAUGGAGAGGGAGAGAGAUAUUGAAAGCAUGUUGAAUGAGAUCCCUAACGCAAGUUCUCAUAACCUCCUUCAUCAUCUGCUUAAGAGUCUUUCGCCUGUUAGUUCAAGUUCUGUUUCUAAUGGGUUUGAUGUCGGAUUAUCAUAUUCCGUUCCGUUUGAGGAGCCUAAGUAUCAGACACCGACUAACCAUUACCAGAGUAGACUGCCGGUGUAUUCAGAAUUAUCGAAUUCUCGUGAUGGUAAGAAAGAGAAUAUGUUUGACGGAGUGGCUUUGUCUGGAAAUUUCCAGAGAAUGCAUAUUGGUGAUGAACGAAAUGGUUUUUCCAGGAAUGAACAUGUUCCAAUGGACCCAAAUCGGUUUGGGUUUGACUUUGGAGGUUGUGCUUCAAAUGGGAGCAUUCCCUACUAUAUUGCAAAUGGUCCAUAUGAAGAUUUUGACUCUGAUUUUUCUGAUUAUGGAGGGUUUCAAUCCUCCAUUCAUGGAGUUCCUGCCAGUUUCAAUAGUCAUGAUAUGAACUCAAGACUCCAUUUGCAAAAGGAAUCUAGAGUGGGUAAUUUAAUGGGGUCUAAUAUCUUUAAUAAUCAGUCUAAUGCUUUCUGUUCUAACCCCAGUGUCUAUAAAAGAAAUAUGGAUUAUCUAAUGGAGCUUGGAAAUGAACUGGGAAGCGGCUGUUUUAAUGGGGGAAUUCAAUUACAGAGUCCAUCUAUGAGCAAGUCUUACCUCAAAGAUAAUGUUGUCUGGUCGCAGCAAUGCCGAAUAUAUUCUAAUAUAGACAGGGAUGCCUUGAAUCCACUCGAUUCUUCUCAGUUGAUACAACCCAAGUUGGCUUUGGGUUGCGGCCAUCCUCUCUACAAUCAAAGGGUGCUUAGUGCAAUCCCAAACAGUUGGGUUUCUCAAUCUCUUUUGUCACCAGAGAAAGGUGAUGUUGAGGCUUUUAACUGUGAGGAUAGUUUCAUAAUACAGGGUAAAAAUCUGAAUUAUGUCAUCAAGAAUCAGUGUGACAGUUGGAAGGGUGGUUACAAGAAGACUUCUCACAAUGAAAUUCUUAUGCAUAACCUGCGAGAGAAGGGUGAAGAAGUAGAUUGUCAAUUAUAUUCAAGAAGAAUUUGUGGAAGCAGCCAGGGUCGGAGGAGUUCUUCCCAGUUGCUUCUGCAUCCAAAUUAUUGUUCCUUGGCAGAGGCCCAAGGUUGUAUAUACUCCUUGGCUAAGGAUCACAAUGGCUGUCGUUUUCUUCAGAGGAUGUUUGAUGGAGCAACAGUUGAAGAUGUGCAGCUAGUAUUUAAUGAAACUAUCAAGCAUGUUGUUGAACUUAUGAUGAAUCCUUUUGGAAAUUACCUUAUGCAGAAGUUGUUGGAUGUGUGCAAUGAAGACCAAAGAACGCAGAUUGUGCUUGCAUUGACAGAAGAACCAGGGGAGCUUGUGAGGAUUUCCUUAAAUGCGCAUGGCACUCGAGUGGUGCAGAAGUUGGUGAUGACUCUCAAAACAAGGCAGCAGAUUUCAUUAGUUGUAUUAGCCCUUGAGCCAUAUUUUCUUGAUCUCACUAAGGAUCAUCAUGGAAAUCAUGUGGUGCAGCGGUGUUUCGAAUACCUUAGCUGUGAAGACAUUAAGUUUUUUUUUUAUGAUGCUGCUAAGUAUUGUGUUGAUAUUGCAACUCAUCGCCAUGGGUGUUGUGUUCUCCAACGAUGCAUUACUCGUUCAACUGGGAAACAUGGUGAGAAGUUGGUUGCAGAAAUUUCUGCCAAUGGACUCCUCCUGGCUCAAGAUGAUUUUGGGAAUUAUGUAAUUCAAUACAUAAUAGAGCUAAAAAUCCCAUCUGCCAUAGCCAGCUUGAUGUCUCAGUUCGAAGGGAACUAUGUGCACCUGUCUAUGCAGAAAUUCAGCAGCCAUGUGGUUGAAAAAUGCCUCAAGCAUCUUGAAGAGAGCAGGCCAAGAAUUGUCCAUGAAUUUCUCUCGGUACCUCACUUUGAACAGUUGAUGCAAGAUCCAUUUGCCAACUAUGUCAUUCAAUCUGCACUUGAAGUCACAAAGGGUCCUCUCCAUGCCUCAUUGAUUGAAGCAGUCCGACCCCAUAUAAUCUUACGCACCAGCCCAUAUUGCAAGAAGAUUUUCUCACGUACUCUCUUCAAGAAGUGAUGUAUAUUUCAGUUGGGGUUAGAAGUGUUGUUGUUCUUCCAAGUUUUUAGAGCCAUGUUCACUAAUAAUAAGUACUUUUAUCUCUCCAGGACCUUCAGAUUUAGAAAUUUCUCAUUGUCUAUUAUCUGACAUGUUCUAUGUGGUGAGAACUGACAACGUUGCAACUCAGCCUGCAUAAUAAGCCUCUAGAGUCUGUAGGGCAUAGAAAGCAAUUUUUGCUUCUUCUUGCUUAAAAUAUGGACGUGACCUGUAUUAUUCUGUUGUCUCUGUAAGGUCUGAACUAUCAGUUUCCCCUUCUAGUUAUCUAACUGUGUUGUUUUCAUA